CCUCAAGGUUUGGGUGAAGUUGGCGGUGCAAUGCUGCUAUGCGCAAAUCAUGUCACUCGCCAAUUGAUCUUGCGGCCCUCCUAUUCCGGCGCUCGUGCCUGGGUUUCGCGUCGCCGUGAUGUCCGACGCCAUUACAGCGAAUCCAAUGGUCCUAACAUCGCCAUCCUAGGUGGGGGGAUAACAGGUUUAUCGACGGCGUUCUACCUUCGAGAAGCUCUGCCGAGCUCGAAGAUCACAAUAUAUGAGGGCUCGGACCGUGUGGGUGGCUGGAUUCGGUCAACUGCAAAGGGUAUUGGAUCGGGCGAUGUCAUAUUUGAACACGGUCCACGGACUCUCAGGCCCACGAUUGGGCUAUUGACUCCUCAUCUCAUCGAGGACUUAGGUCUGGCCCAAGAUGUCAUUGCGACUCGACGAGAUGCUCCCGCCUCAACGAAUCGGUACAUCUACUAUCCGGAUCAUCUGGUACGAAUGCCGAUGCCACAAGCAGGAGAAGGGAUCUCUCAAGUAUGGAACGAACCCUUGUUCGAAGGGAUCGGCUCCGCUCUGACCGAAUGGUUUGUGUCCACUCGACCAUCCAAUUUGCAGGACGAGUCCGUCGCGUCGUUCAUCUCAAGACGAUUGGACAGGAGAAUGGCGGACAACAUGGUUUCUGCCCUUCUCCAUGGCAUAUACGCAGGCGAUGUAAAUCAGUUGAGCAUGAAGAGUAUAUUCCCACUCCUAUGGUACUAUGAGGGCCGAUACGGAAGUUUGGUUGGAUCAAUACCCAGUGUAUGGUCGAACUUACGGUCCGGCAUGAUGCUUGGCUCUGCGCGAGAGUACCAGUCAAUCCUUGAUCGUCAGAGAAAGCCUCUGGGGUCGACAUUGAAAGAGAAACUUUCCCGGGCAAGUGUAUAUACGUUGAAGCGUGGGCUUACGGGUCUCGUUUCUGCCCUGAGAGAGCGAUUGUUAAGUCGAGGCGUGACCAUCCAUGAGAAUACGCCUAUCUCAGCACUUUCUAUGGAUAGUGCAACGGAGAAGAUUGAAUAUCAGAUCACCUCCGCUGGAAAGUCCUUACCACAAGCCGACCAGGUCAUCUCCACGGUAUUUUCCCGCCAUCUUGCGAACAUCUGCAAGGAUGGCUCCGGGACCACGCUUUUGCCAUCCUUCGGCGAAACGCACGCGGUUUCGGUCAUGGUGGUCAAUCUCUUCUUCCAGGAAUCCGACUUGGGGAUGCCUGAAGGCUUUGGAUACUUGAUCCCCCAAAGCAUUCCGAUCGAUCAAAACCCCGAGCGCGCUUUAGGCGUGAUUUUCGACUCCUGUGCGACGUCGGGCCAGGAUUCGGUUUCCGGAACUAAGCUCACGGUUAUACUGGGGGGGCAUUGGUGGGAUGGUUGGACGGAAUUCCCGGAUGAGGAAGAGGGGGUGUCGAUGGCUCGAGCGAUAUUGUCUCGGCACCUGGGGCUAAAUGCGACGCCAACAGCCACCCAGGCGACCCUGCAGCGAGAAUGUAUUCCACAAUACUUGGUGGGGCACUGGUCGAGGAUGGAAAAGGGACACCAGGAGCUGAAGCAGCACUUCAAGGGCAAACUCAAGGUUGCCGGAAGCUCGUACACGGGGGUGGGGGUGAACGAUUGCAUCCAGUCGGCGCGGAACCUGGUCGUCGAUGCGGAUGAGCUCGCUUGGAAGGAUAAAACAGGCCUAGAAGAGUUUACGGGGGAUUUGAGGUUUGCAGAGGUGUAUUUUAGGACGAGAGGCGAAUAA